UGCUUUUCUGCACAACGAUGUGCUGGAUAAACCUUGACGAACCAUUCAAAUAAAAAGGGAGAUUUUUUUUUCUUUUACUUGAAAGAGCUGUUAAAACAAAACAACAUAAAAUAUACUCGGCCAAAAAAUACUGGAUACUAAAGGCAUGUGUUCUAAAAAUUUUUUAUCGAUCGUCACAAAGUCACGUACAACCCCAGGGCUUAUUUUUCAAAAGGCCUGUGAACCUAGUUAUCAUGUCAACACAAGAAAAGUAACAUUAGCCCCUCCCUAAAAAGCCAAUCCGAGCUCCGCCUGAUACACGCAAGGCAGUGUUUCAGCACCACGGACAGCACAUACAGCACUGAGAAACCCCGACAUGGUCUUAUAACGCAUCCACAGUGAUAUAGAUUUCAUCUUCACUUGCAAGUGUUAAGACAAUUUCAGUAGAAGAACUUUGCAUCACUUUCUUUCUCUAUAACGCACUGUCCUACCAAAGGCAUUAUUAUACUUAUUUCUUCUUAUAUUAAGAAAGCCAUAUGCCUAUUUAUAAGUAUCUGAAGCGAGAUUCUGCUUGAAAAUGGGGAAGCAGUAAAAGAAAGCAUCACUAUGUGUCGCAUUCUCGAGUUUGCUGCCAGUCGGAAAGGAUCGAGUUCAAAGCUCAGACUGAAAGCCAGUCUCACUGAUGUGCGCUCGCUCACGGCGGCGCGCUUUGGAGGGCUGUAAGAGCGGGAGGGAGCGUCUUUCCUCUCGGUCUUCACGACUAAGCCCUGCGGAAGUGGAUGGCGGGAGAAGGUCAUGAAGGUAAUCGCUACCUUUAAGCUGGAUUUGGGCGGCUGUUACCGCAGAAGGAGCGCGCCCUGCCCAUCAAUUAUUCAUCCGUUGGGGAAGCGGUGGGAAACGGCGGCACGGCACGUGGCUCCGCACAUCCUCCGUUCUCCCAGCAGCCAUCGGCGAGUCAUGUCCCAGUGUGAGGGCACUUCAAGAAGAACUGGAGAAGAGGACCAAGGAGGAUGAAGGAGGGUGACGGGCCGGACGAGGCAGAGGAGGAUUAUAAUGAAGUUGAGUGGGAAAGGAGCGUGCGCCGUGGUCUCCAGCAGCCUGCUGUUCGCGUGCGCCGUGAGCGCGGCAGUUGUCGGGUUCGAGUGUCUCUCUCUCGGAGCCAAAGUGAAAGCGCACUUCCAGCUCAGCGCGGCUGCUGGCGCGUUCUACUCGGGAAUCCUGCUCGGACUUGGACAGGCACUGCUUGCCAUGGCGUUGCUCUGCUGCAAGGGCAAAGCCCCUUGUCGCAAUUUUUUCCUCUUCGGGCUCCUCGUCUUUCUGCUUGGCGUGCUCACGGCGUUCUCGGGCGCAGUGGUGGACGGCGACGCCGUGUCGCUCGUGGAGCGGAAGUACUCGCGCUACUGCUUGGACACCGUGGAUGUACCUGCGGCGUGCGGGCGCCUCAAGGAUUACCAGCGCGGCCUGGUGGCGUCCACCGUGCUUAACGCUCUCGAGUGCCUCAUUGGACUUGUCAACCUGGUGGUCAUCAAGCGCUACCAGGCGGCGCAGUUCUAUCGGAGGCGCCGGGCGCACAGGCGCAGCGCGCGCGCUGUCUUGCUGGGCGAAGAGCGCGAGCUCACCGUGGCCGCCGACUUCCGGUCGGUCUCUUAUAUAAGCCUGGCAGUGUGCGGGUCGCAGGCGCGGGAGGACGGUGCAGAGGCGCGGAAAAGCGGCCAUCCGUCUAUCGAACUCCCUGGCUACGCGCCUGCCCAAAACGAGCUCCACCACGUGUACGGGUUCUCUUACCCGCCUUUGAACGACUCACCGCCGGCCUACGAGGACAUAUUUCCCGGAGAAAGGAGGAACAAAGCGCUAGAGUGUUAAAACAGAGAGAAAGUUUCUUAAACCACUUCUCUAAACUGCAGUGACAAUCACGAUUUGGCCCUGGACAUCAGAAGCACGCGCGUCCGCGUCUCUCUUUUCUCGGCUAAAUAAUACGCUGAUUGUGUAAACGAAUUGCUCCCCUUUUUUCAUGGGAAGUGGGCAAGUGAGUACAUGCGACACUCAGUUAGGAAGACUGAACUGAAAUGGUAAGAGAUAUAUUCAGAUCACAAAUAUAAAGGCCUGAUGACUUUUCAACAUUUUGAUCCACUGAUUGUACACAACAUCUUAAGCCCAUGUAAGUUGGUUGAUGUCUCCCCGUUGUUUUGUUGUCAUUUUCCUCCGUUUGGCUCAUGAAUAAAUAAAGUGUAAUCAUUUCUAUGAUGUAGAUAUUUAAUACAAAUAUCAAGAUUGAAAAAAAAAAAACCUCUUCUUAUUUCAGGAAUUAAUCACAUAAAGGUGGUUGCCGGUGCUCCUCUGUGGUUCUUUGGCCUACUUUGUCAACAGGUAAUUAGGCUAGCAGCAAACAGGUCUUUAGAAAUGCAGCUGGGCUUUUUUUUUUAUAUACGAGCACACUGGAGACACCAGCACAGUGGAUAAAAACCAUGCAAUUCUUUGAUGCAAUUACAGACUACAUUAAGGCUAAUGAAAGCUGCAGCAGUUCUAAAAUAGAAUAAUAUUAUUAUUGUGCUUCUCUCUGUGAACAGUUAAAUGCAAAAUCGCCCAGCUUUCAUGCCUUAGUUUUUUUAAUGAACAGCUGCCAUGAAAGUGUGCUGAUGAGCUUGUGCAGAACAGGAGGGAUGGAGAACAAUAACACUCUGCAUCGGUUUAAUAUGCUGCAACACCUUAGUAGUGCACUUUAUAUUGAUUCACAUUUUCCUACAUUGGCACUGGCAGUUCAAGGAUGAAAUAAAACCAAUUGACAGAUGCUGCAAGAGCAAAUAAGGUUACCAAAUAAUCCUUUAAGCAAAAUGAUGGCCAAAUAAAAAAAGUUUCCAGAUCAAGUAACCGAAACUGAAUGUGUGCUCAAGUCAUUGCCAAAGAUCAAUCUUGAAGUUCCCAGGCAGUAUACAUAGCAAGCUAUGAUGGAUUACAUUUAACUGGCUUUGUGAUAGCAGCUUCACCCGUGAUUCAUCAUACUGUUUAGACACAUUAUCAUGUAGAAUUUGGCUUGGAGGCUUGGAGAGGCACUGGAGUGAGGCAUUUGGCCUCUCGUGCCAAUAGUUUCCCAAUUUAAAAGUAAAAGGUUUACUUGGUGGGUGAAGGUCAAAUAGCAAAAACUACUGACAGCUACUUGGAUGUUAUGUGAAAACCUUUAUAAUGCCUGUUUCGGUAUAUUACAUGUUUAAGCAAAGUUUUGAUCCAUAGUGAAUAAACAGUAAAUGUAAUUUCUGACUGCAGAAUCUUGUUUAAAAUGUAUGAAUUUCUCUGCAGCUAAAACGUGAAAAUCUGUCGAACAUUUCAAAUAUCAGGGAGCAGUAGCUGGUUAGACAACAAUGUUACGAGGUAUGUGCAAGCUGCAUUGAUUUGGGAACGUCCCCGACAGUGCAGUAGACAAAUGUCUUGUUGAUGUACCAAUCAUUUAUAGCAUGUUUUUAGACUGGUUUAAUUUAGCUAAUGGAUGUGAACAAAAUUGAAUGCAGUUUGCUAUUUUGCCUAAUUCCCUUCCUGUUUUCUGUUAUCUAUUAUUGAAGAGAGCAGGAGAGAAAUUUACAAUGCUCGCUUGAUUUUAUUGUCGGUGUGUAUAUGCCUUGGGUGUUUUUCUGCUCCUGCAAUUAAAUACUAAGGUUAAUGUUGUUUAAUGCAGAAUUUAACAUUUAUUUGUUUAGAGAAAAAAAAAUGGUAUUGAUCUAUGAACUCUAGAACUUUAUACUACAUUCUCUCCUACAUACAAACAUAUUUUUGCACUGUAAGGAGGUUUAGGGUCAUGCUUUCAGCAGCUUAAUAAAUGUCAAAGAGAUUACUUUGUUAGUCCUAACAUGCAAAUCGCUGAGGUGAAUUCAUUAUACUUUUAAUGAGCAAAAUAACCUAACCAAUUGCAGGAAGUAGCUAAUUGCCCUAAAUAUGUCUCUGUCAGACCCUGAGAUGAAUUUGAAAGGCCCUUCAUUUGCAUAUUUGCAGCACAAGAGUCCAUGUUUAAUACUUUCGAAACAACUGCAGUCUCAUCAGAGAUUAUACAUCUGUUACAAAGCAUAAACCAUGUUCUACACAAAUAGGCUUGUGUUUGUGUUUGCACUAUGUGAACAAGUUGGUACUUAAUGUCUUAUAUGUAUUCUGGUGCAUGACAGUAUGAUCUGCAUGUAUAAAAUGCUUUCUUACUGAAGUACAUAGGGCAUAGUGGCCAAAUCUUCCAAGUAUAUUGUAUGUCUUUCUAGCUUUUACAUCUCUGAGACGUUUUAGAGUAUUUGUUGUCUGUAGGAGUAGGAGUGUGAUUGUAAUUCAGGGAAGACGGAGGGGUUUUCUGCUGCGGAACUUGGUGUGAUAAAGACGAUCCUGGAUGCUGUCCAAGGUCCUGACUCUACUACUGUGAUUAGUGCAUUGCCACCUGACAUAGAGAAGCAUUGGAGAGAUAGCAAAAAAAGAGGUAGGGAGAAGUGGAUAGUGAGAAAUGCUGGCAAGGAACAAGGAUGAAAAUAAGGAAUAGAUUGUAUCCAUUAUCAGGUGCUGCUGUGAACCUGGUUUAUGGAGGUAGCAGGAUAAAAAAAGGUACAGUGUGUAAGAAUUCUUUAGUGACACAAUUCAGGAGAUGCCUUUAAACCCAUAUAGAGGCAUCAAGUG